GUCCUCUCUCUCCCCACUCCCGACCGGACCCGGCCAAAUUUAGCCGUUACACCACCUCUGACCUCUCUCCACAACACACGUCACACACACAGAUCGAUCGAUCGAUCGAGGAGGCGGAGGAGCAUCCCGAUCCUUAUCCGCCCGGCGAUCUUCGUCCGCCGUCCCGGCCCGGCCAGCCGCAAGCCCCGCCGGUCGCCGGCGUCUGGACCGAUCCGUCUCCGAUCUGGUCGAUUGAGGAGGAGGAGGAAGGGGAUCGAGAAGAGGAGGGGCGGGCAAGAUGAUGUUCUUGGCGUGCUGCUACAACGACCCGGACAUGCUCAUCGAUCCGGAGACCAUCUACCCCACCCGCGCCGACUGCACCGACGCCCCCAAGUCCCGCUUCAAGCCCAUGCCUCGCCGCACGCUGAGUCCGAGGAGAUGGAAGCUGCUGUUCAACGAGGAGGGCUGCCUCGACGCGGCUGGAAUGAUCAUGAGAGUACAGCGUGGGGGUGUCCACCCAAAUAUCAAAGGAGAAGUUUGGGAGUAUUUGCUGGGUUGUUACGACCCUAAAAGCACUACUGAACAGAGGAACCAGUUGCGGCAACAGAGAAGGUUAGAAUAUGAGAAACUGAAAACAAAGUGCCGAGAGAUGGACACAACAGUUGGUAGUGGAAGGGUAAUUACUAUGCCUGUCAUAACAGAAGAUGGCCAGCCUAUCGAGGAUCCUAACGCGACUGGAGAACAACCAACCAAUAAUGGACCGCUCACGAAAGAAGUUAUUCAAUGGAAACUUCUUCUGCACCAAAUUGGUCUCGAUGUUAAUCGAACUGACCGUACACUAGUUUAUUACGAGAGCCAGGAGAACUUGGCACGACUGUGGGACAUUCUUACAGUGUACGCAUGGGUGGACACUGACAUCGGUUACUGUCAGGGAAUGAGUGAUCUUUGUUCACCAAUAUCAAUCAUUUUGGAACAUGAAGCGGAUGCUUUUUGGUGCUUUGAACGGCUGAUGCGCAGAGUGCGUGAAAAUUUCAAGAGUACUUCUACCUCAAUUGGAGUUCGAUCUCAGCUGACCACCUUGUCAACAAUAAUGAAAACUGUUGAUCCAAAGCUACAUGAGCAUUUAGAAAAUCUUGAUGGAGGUGAAUACUUAUUUGCCUUUCGGAUGCUGAUGGUUAUUUUUCGUAGAGAGUUCUCUUUUAUAGACACAAUGUACCUUUGGGAGCUCAUGUGGUCUAUGGAGUACAAUCCAGGUUUUUUUUCAAUGUUGGAGAGUAACACGGGCCCACCAAAUGAAAAAGAUGAAAAUACCCUAAAACAGUGUGGAAAGUUUGAAAGGAAAAAAUUGCAGGCAGCCAAGCAAGAGGAGCAGAUCCCUCUAUCGGUCUUUGUUGUAGCUAGCGUCAUAGAGGCUAGAAACAAGCGGUUACUGGGGGAGGCAAAAGGUCUCGACGAUGUCGUCAAGAUUUUGAAUGAAAUCACUGGAAGCCUGGAUGCAAAAAAGGCAUGUAGAGGGGCAUUGACAAUUCAGGAGAAGUACCUAACCACAGUAAAAGCAUCAUAGCGGCGUGUACAGGAAAGCAUCCUUAGCAACAAGAUUCGAUUGGUCUUUUUUUCUUUUUACUGGAGAAACAGCUGUAUGGCAGAAAAUUUUCCAUUUUUCAUAUGUGUAUGUUCUGUAAUUUUUUGACCCACCAUGUAAUUUGGCACUUGCACAAAAGGGAAAUGAAUACCAGUGGGAUUGUUCAGGAAUAAAGGUUGCAUUUGUUGUAGAGUUAAAAUACCAGUAGGAUUAUCUGUUAGCAAGGUUUGCUGCUCCUCAUAAAUAUACUUCAAACACUUCAAGUCUCAACUGUUGUUGCAUACAUCGAGAUAUGUAAAAUUUUUCCUUUCAGCGAACUAUGUUCCUGGAGUUAAAUUUUGUUUUGGUUCUUUA